UGUCUCAAGGGCGAAGAGCCUUCCUAUUCCAAUACACACGGAUCGUGUUCAAUCAGUUGGAUUAUAUACAUUUAUUAUAUUGCUGAAAAAGAAUCGGUGCAACCUGGAGCUUCUGGUGUGUAUGAGAAAAACAACACUUCACUGCUGUUAUGAAAGAACGGAAUUUUACUUUACACAGACCCCAUGACUUUCUAGUAGCUUGAGAAUUAAUCCACAAAAAAGAAACCUAGCAUUCAUUAAAAAAAACAGGGAACGCUUAUUAUUAUCUUCAAAAGAGGCAAAACCUAGGGAAUGGUGGAAAAUUUCCCUUUAACAGAAGAGAACUUACUGCCAUACGGUGGCACUGACUUUUUCUCUCCUGUUGUUUCUGACCUUUCGGACAUGGUGUUAGACUCAGGAAGCUACCAGGUAAUGCCUUCACCAUUCUCAGAGGAUGACCUUAGUGAUGCAUCAAGUCUACGUUCCUGCUCCUCUCCAGAUUCCCAAGUCCUUAGCUCCAGCUAUGGAAGUUCAUCAAGCAUUGAGAGCCAGGACAGCAUCCUCAACUUCCUGUUAUCUCAAGCUUCCCUUGCAACCGGAGGUGUCAACAAUGCCGGCGUGAACACUGUAACCCCAACUCCUUUAACCAGCAUUUUCUGGGAUUCGCAAAAGGACCAUGUGAAAAAAGAGAACUUUGACUUACCAAUAUGGUCCUCCUCCAGCAUGGAUGAGACACCUGUUGAACCUUUCCAACCCACUUUGGAGGAAAUUGAAGAGUUCUUGCAAGAGAACAUGAAUGGGGUGGUGUCUCUUAAGCACGAUGGUAGCUCACACCUGGGAUUGGAGCUAGAGCUUGACCUUGGGUUGGGGACAGGAUUAGUUGUAAUGGAAGAUACCUCAUGUAGGGUGCCAGAACCAAGCACUACUGAAUCUCACCAGCAUUCUGAUCAAACUGUGCCAGUGGCAAAGCUUCCAUCAAGUCACAUAGUUGCCAGUGAGACAAAGGGCACAGAAAAUUCUUCAGAACCAAGAACACAGUCACAUGAUGCAAUAAAGAAGGAGACUCAAUGUAGACCUGUCUCGACUGAGAACAGUACUAACACCAGUGCCAGCAGUGGUAAUAGUGGCACUGUUGGCAUGCCUGUUGUUCUGCAAAUUCAACCACUUCAGAUCAAACAGGAGAAUCAAGCUUGCAGUGAAGCCACAUCAUCUACAACACCUCAGGCUCCUGCUCCAGGAACAGACAUCAAAAUUGCUCAACUGGUGCUGAACAUUCAAGGGCAGACCUUUGCAUUGGUUCCUCAGUUUCUACCCUCUGCCCCCUGUUCAUCUUCAGUAGCUACCAGGAUCACUGGCUCAUCCAAGUUUGUUCGGAUAGCGCCUGUGCCUAUCGCUGCGAGGCCUGUUAUCAGCGGAGGAGAUGGUGUGGGUUUGGAGUUCCAGGGUGGACUUCUAGUUGGAGGAGUGCAAAAGUUUCAGAAGAAUCCAGUGGCAGACCUUAUAAAAAUGCACAAGUGCAACUUUCCAGGCUGUGCCAAGAUGUACACUAAGAGCAGCCAUCUGAAAGCUCACCUGAGGAGACAUACUGGAGAGAAGCCUUUUGCCUGUAACUGGCCCGGCUGUGUAUGGAAGUUUUCCCGCUCGGACGAGCUGUCCCGUCACCGGCGGUCCCAUUCUGGGGUGAAACCGUAUCAGUGUCCUGUUUGUGAGAAGAAGUUUGCACGGAGCGAUCACCUAUCAAAACACAUCAAAGUCCACCGCUUUCCAAGAAACAGCAGGACAGUACGCACCGCUGCCUGAUUCCACUCACCGAGGCACAGGAGAGAACACUGACAAUGUGACCUGUGUGUAUAGGUGAGAGGACAGAGGAGGCAUAGAAAAUAUCCAAGCAUUGCUCUUAUAUUUAUAGUGUUUUAAGUUAAACAUUUGGUGGUGCUACAUUCUGUCUGAAUUGCAGACUGGAAUUAAUACAAGCUCUGUUUAAAGGGAUCAGUCUAUCCAAAUAAGCUAUAAAGACACAUUCGUAAAUAACAUUUAUUUUAUGUAAGUGCGAAGUGACAAUAGAAAUGCAAAAACAAAAAAAAACCUAACUAAAGCUUAGUGUUGAUUGUAUAUUUUUAAAUACACAUGCUUUCAAUCAGUAUUGAAAUCUUAUUUCCUUUUAGGACAAAUUAUUUUGUAAUAAGGUGUUUGUAAUUUUGUUGUAUGGAAUCUGCUGUGUUGUUGCCCUUUAUUUGGCCUUAGACAACCACAAAAUCCUUAUCUCAGAUGUGACUGGGUCACUAAGCUGUGUUCAAACAAUUCACAAUAAAAUGUGAUCGUCAGUUACAACUGAACCCUACGUUCACCAAGAAGAUUUGUUUAAAUGUCACGUCACUCAGAUUGUUGUUUGUGGACUCAAGUUCAACCCUGGUUGCUUAGCUUCAUAUGUAACACCCAGUUAGAAUUGCUAGACUUUAUCUAUGGGGGGUUGGAUGCCUUCUGUUGGAUGCUUGUUCUGAACACCAACAUAACAUAGCCUAACGUUGUCAUGUUACCAUACUUGUCCAUUAUAUAAGUCGUGUAUCCAGAUUAUAAUUUUAUCUAGGAGUGUAAAGAUACACACACAGACUCACAAAUGACAAUCCAAUUAUGUUGAUAGUUGUUUUAUUCUACAAAACUUUUGAAAUACAAAUAAAAUCCUAUAUAAAAUUGAAUACUGUAAGAUUAUAUAUAUUUGAUGUGGUCAAAUAUUUAAAUGCAGCUAGCCAUCCAAAACAGCCUUACAGCUAGUUUGCACACAGUAUGACAUGCAGGCAUAAUGCUAUGCAAACAAGACAAAGGUUGUGUUUUAAAAUGUGCCCGUCCUCAUUAGGACGGCACACAUUGCUGUGGUUGGCAAGGUCGGACUUUAACGAGGAAGCCAGGGUGUAACAGCAUAUGUGGACGUAUUGAGACAUUGCUUAAAUAUUUACAGAGACAGUGAAGCAUAUAAUGUUUUCAGAAAGGUUCUAACUGUAUAUCAUUUACAGUGCACAUUAUUCUGAGACCCUGUAUUGGAAAUAUUAAAUAUUAACAUAAUGUUUUACCAGUAGUCUAGACUAAAGCUUGUCCACAGUGCUGAAAUCUGGCCUUAAGAUAAAAAAGAAACAUCUGCCAACCAUAUUUCAAUUCAGCUAGUUCAUCACAUGCAUACGUUUUGUUUUUCUAUAGAUAGGCUAGUUUUAGUCACUAUAUAAAAAAUGCCCAUUAUUACAAGCAGACAUUUUAUAGUAAAAAGAUUUGUACUUAACUGCACAUAAGCUGCACUUAAUAUUAGAAUAUAUACAGUAGUAUGAGGUUUCAUAUGAGGUUCAUGUAUUCAUGGUGUUAGCUUUACCUUACUGUUCAUUACUGCAUGUCACUGGCCAAUCAAACACUGCAGGAAUUCAAUCUAUUAAACAUGUUAAUUAUUUAAUAAAUAAUAUAAUGAUAAUUACUGACAGGUAUUACACUAAAAGCUCCUAUUACUAGUGAAACUAAAUAAGACAUAUAGCACAUAGAAAAUCAAGCGUCUUCAUUUCUUAUUAUAUAAAUCCUGUGACAGAAUAUGUCUCAACCCCCAACAUGCUACCUGAUAACCUAAUCAUUGCACUACCAAAUCUGGUGCUACAUCUGUCCAACUUCUUUUCUCCUUCAUACAAACAUGAGCAUGAACAUCCCAACCUAGCUGUUACUUACAGUACAGUGAACUGAAAGCACUUAUUGUGUAUAAUGGUUUUAGAAUUACAUACUGCCAAUACUUUGCCAAUAAUAACACUAACACAUGUUCAGGUUUGUUCAUGUUUUUCAGCAAUGUUGGGUCAGUAGGGUGGGCAUACCCAGGUGCUCAAGGCUAAUGUUAGAAAACACAGUAGUGUUGAUGCCAUGUGUUAUUUAGUAUUUGUUGUUAUUUUGGGCUCUUCUGAUUAUGGGUUGCAUAUUGAAUUAGCAAGGAAACUUGCUUGUGUCUCAUGUACAACAUAUGGACAAAAGUCUUGUGAGAAGCUGAAUCACAUAGAGGUCACUCUAUUGUAACACCAUUUCUUUUUGAAAUGGGGUGUCCAACAAGCUCAUGAUCAUGUGUCCAAAUACUUUUGGCCAUAUAGUGUAUGCUCUUUGAUAAGCGAGCCUGUUGUAAAUAUAUCUUGGCAUUCCUUCCAUUCAUAGACUGAAUUUUAUAAAUACUUGUUAAUAUACAGGUGUUUUAAACCACAUCCUAUGAAUGUAUGUAAAUAAAACCUGAUUGAUUCUAAAGGUGGGGGAGGGGAUGUGAAUAAAAUUUAAAAUGCAAAUCUUCUUUUUGUGUUUGUGAAUAUUUUUAGUUUCACUUUAAAUGUGUACAGUGUUUCAGUAUAUGAAUAUAUCUAUUUUUCCCUUGUACACAGAAUUCAUUUACAAAUAAAACAUUAAAAUAG